UUUAUGUUGCUAUAUAGCGGUCUUGUGAAUAGGAGAUGCGCAUGUACAUUUGUUUGCACGAUCAGUACGUUCUAUUCUUCUAAUAUCCGAGCAGCAAUUGAAAUUCUGACGUCUUUCCAGUUUCCAUGUGGAUGGACCCGAAUAUUGACCUCUGAGAAACGAGCGUCGACGUCCCAGGCCUGUCCUGCAAAAGAUCUGAGAAAGUUGUUUGAGGAUUUGCCCACAGCGUGUAGACUGUAAAUGAAUGGGGCCACGAACAUCGUCGUCAUAUUGUCGGUGGUGCAGGUCAACCUUCAUCUUCAAAGUUGAAAAUGACUGACUCGAAAGUAACGGGAACCACUGGACGCAUCCCUGCCCUAAAUACAGACCUGUCGACACGUGAGCACGUUUGUACAAUGUACAUGUCGAAACGUGAGCACGUUCAUACAAUAUUCACGCACAUGUAGUUUGAGUGAUCCACCUUGACACUUCAUCCGGUUUCGAUUCGUUCAAUAGGAGAACUUGUUUUUGGUAAUCGUCAAGGCCGAUACCGUAAGUAACCGAUCGCCACUAGUGAAAGAGCCUUACUAUAGGUAUUCUAGAUUCGCCUCCACAGGGUUCGCCACAAAGGGAAACUUGAAUUACCACGAGACUGUUAUGGUAACAGCGUGAACCGGACAUACACAUCGAACCAUCAUCGCCUGCGCUUCAACCAUAGGUUAAGGUAGGCCUACUUGCUUCUUUGGUUCCUGGCCUAAUGCGUUUGGCGAGUGGAACUCUGUACACCUGAAAACAAACUCCCCGCUAGCGAGUGGAAGCCCCUUUGUGUAUUUAAACCUGGAGUUGAGAGCAGAAACUGUUGGCAAAAUAUGUGGUAAAGUCUCGGUUGGAAAGUUUUGGAGAGAUUUUGGCGCGUGAUCGAAAGACAAACAACCAACACCGGAUUUUUGCCAAGCGAUGGGAGGGAAGAGCUCCAAAACGGAUGUCGACGCCGUAGGCGGGUAUUCCGUGGAAGACAGGGAGGAUCCGUUGGUGGCUCACCAGGGGGACGAAAUCCCAGGGGAGUUUCAUCGGAAGAGAGGGCAGAAAUUCACCUCGCUCACCGUCACGAGUAACCUCACCACCUCACAUAGCUCGCUCAGGCCCGGCAGUGCUGCAUCUUCGGUGGUAGGCAGCUACAAGGAGCCUAUAUUGACAAGUGUCAGGUUUGAAGACUUCGAGUACCCCUUCGAGAAUGUGGUCUUUGAAGGAGGCGGUAAUAAGGGACUGGCUUAUGCCGGGGCCGUCAGGGUUUUUGAGAAUGCAGGGUUGUGGCCCAACAUUCGACGAUUGGCAGGAGCGAGUGCCGGGGCAAUGUGGGCCAUUCUCCUCGGUGUCGGCUACUCCUCGCACGAUGUCGAGGGAUUCCUUAGUCUUGAUCUCAAGGAGUUCUUUCUAGAUGCCUCGUGUGGCGUCUGUUCGCUUGUUCCAAAUGUAAUGAAGCACUACGGCUGGCACCCGGCAAGUAAACUAUACAGUUGGUUCGGGGAUCGUCUGGAGGACGCCACAGGGUGUAGAGACAUCACAUUCCAACAGACUUAUGACCGAUUCAACAAGGAAAUCUGUAUUGUAGUGACAAACGUCAACGUCAUGGAUGCCGAGUAUUGCCACGUCAAGACCACACCCAACAUGUCGAUCCGGAUGGCAAUGCGCAUGUCCAUGGCUAUUCCAGGCUUGUUUUGCGCCGUCAAAUACAAACGAUUUGGGGUCGAGGAUUGCUACGUGGAUGGAGGCCUUCUCUGCAACUAUCCCAUCCAUUGCUUUGAUGGUUGGUGGUUGUCCAUGAAACCAGAGGACAGUUUCCUGCAGCGACUUCAGCCCCUGGAGAACGCGGCUAUCCUCAUGCAGAAGAGCGCAAGGUUCGCUCCUGUCAACGAAAAGACUAUCGGCUUUCUCUUGUAUUCCAGCGACGAACAGGAUUUGAUGGUCAAUCAGCUAGCUCUCAAAAACGCUCGCUGCACACCGGUCGACAGACCCAACACCAAGCUCUCAAGAAAUCGCAAAGAUGCCAAAAUCAGGCAGUGCGAAGCUGCCCGAGAGCACCAGAUUGUGACCGAGGCCUUGUCCAAGUUCUUGGCGGUCUUAUCUGACAGUCAGCUUGAUAGGAAUAUCGCUUCAAUCAGCAGGAAGGAACUCGAAGCAGUCUUUGCAGAGAAAUCUGACGAAUUCACCGAUGAACACGCCAAAAUACUCUUCGGUGAGAAAUAUACAAUGGAGGAAGUCUUUAAUUACCUGGACUGUAACAGCGACGACCAGAUUUCGUUUAACGAGUUGAUGGGCCUUGCCGAGCAGAAGGGCUUGGGUCUGCAGAGCUACUUCCUCGGCUACCAGCGACAGGAUAUCACCUCCUUCCGGAGGUUCCUGGACACGCUGUCCAACACGCUGCUCGUGAACGUCAAGAGGGUCUUCACCACGGAUGGUGACUUGGAACGCACUGUGGGCAUCGACACGCUCUACGUGAGUGCCACCGACUUCCAACUUGAGGAGGGGGAUCGCCAAUUUCUCGUCAAGCAAGGGCAACGGGCAGCCGCAACGUUCUUGAAUCAGUGGACAGCGCGCAACCCAGACAAAGCGAUCCGUAAGCAGAGCUCGCCUGCACCCGCACCGAUCGACCUGCCCACUACUCACAGAAGGAAGAGCCCAAGCCAAGUGGCCUCACUGAGCGAGGAGCAGGAGUCGAAAGCGACAGCAGCUGCCGGUACGCCUCUGGCUGUACUACCCGUCUCACCCACGAAUACUGGUUCCUAAGAACAGUACGUGUAGCUACUCCGUCCGCCUUGAGCAGAAGCACCCCCUCAUCGGUUGAAAAAGAGCCAUAUUGGUCGAGAGUGUUCAUGUUGGUUGGUAGCUAUACGCGACCCCAACGCACGCAUUUAACAGUCGUUUGUAAACCAGCCAAAUGCAGUUCCUACCGACGGAGCCUCCGUUGCUAGGAAAAAUGCGCCCUCACUUGGUCUUGCUCGGUCUCAUUCGCUGGAGUAAGUGAGACCAACGUCGUUGCUGAUACAAAGUGCUUCCGAUCGUGAGUAAGAAGUAAAGCCCAAUGCCAGUUAGUCAAGUACACUCCAGAUACACCGCAAAAGGUUGGUGUUGAACUAAACCUUUUGGUUUUGAUUUAACACCGCACAGUAUCUAGGACCACGUGGUAUCUGCAGUGUGUAAUGAUCAGUGGUGUCUCAUCAGGACAGCAUAUAUUUUACGAUCGACGUGUAUUAUAGCAUCCACAUGUAUACAGAACCAAGGGUUUCAAUGCAAGAUCAGGGGUGUGUACACCUAGCAAGAUACGGGACGGAGGGGUACCCCCGUACAUGUCCAAUCCCCAUACACAUUGUAGACUAUUGUUAUGCAACACAUUACCCCCUAGCUGUCUGAAAAUAAUUUCUUUGUGUCGGUCAAACAAUGACCGACAGAAAGGCGGGGUGCCAUUCGCCUCAUAUCUUGCUUCAAAUGGGGGCGUGGGAUCUGUAUAGGACCUAUGGUAUUAUUACGAGGCGGUUACGAUGUACAUGUGUAGUAUGAUAGACCCGUGGUUCUACAGUCUGCACAUAUUCAAGGUUGCAUAUAUCCUAGACAAUAGUGUGGCCUGCAUCCACUGGACAAAAGCGCUUGUUUGUACAUUCCACAGUGACUCAGGACUUUAAUACACAAAUACUGAAAUAUAAUGUAGUCACCUAAGACCGGCUUAUCUUUUGACAGUUUGCAGAUUCAUUCCUUUGUAAAUAUAUUUGACAAUACGGGCCAAUAAUAACGGACUUGGAUGUCAUUUUUAUCCGUUGAGUUUAUUGUUUUCUUUUGCGCAAUUUGGCGUGUGUAUGUUUGCUUAAAUACAUGCCUUGAGUGUUUAUUUCAAACUUCUUGGUGGCUAAUGUGCGCCUGAAGACGAAGAUUAUUUAUGUUGGGGUAACUUCUUUUGGAGUUACUUCAGUUUUUUUGUUUUUUUUAUUUAUGACAUUGCUGUGGUUUGUCAAACUACAGAUAAUAAGAUUUGCUUGCUACAAACCAAAUUCUGAACUUGCUCUUUUUUCCUCUUUUUUUUAAUGAUCUUAACACGCAAUCUCCAAGUCUUUGGCUUCAUUUCCUCAGUGUUUUGUUGGUUUGUACUUCUGACACACGCCUUAUUAAUUCUGUAUUUUGAUAAGAGAGCACAAUUUUAAGGAGGUGUAAAAUGCACUACGAUAUUUCCCAUUUUGAAAGAGUGUAUUUGUGGCCCAGGUCCAUCAGGUGUUGUGUUUUGUUGCUAGUACUUUAACACCUGUAAGAAAAACACCAGAAAGGUCGCUUCAUGUAUUCAUUUGUAUUUUAUUUGCAGAUAAAAUCGUGUACAAUAAAUCACGUGAAAUUUUCGUGUCUGGUUUCUGAA